AUGAUCUUCAAUAUCAUUCUUUUGUUGUCCUGGGUAUUCCUCCUCCCAGUCAAUGUGCUGACUAUCCCUGCUGGAUAUAAUAGCGCGCUUGGUCUUGCCUCGGUGUCUAGGAUCACUCGUGAUCUUACUGACUCGGCUUUGGGAAUAAACUUGAAACAGGACUUCAUAAUCCCGUAUUAUGUCGAUCCCUCGGAUGGUGGCUGGACGCCUCUCGAGAAGCUGGUUUCUUCGCACGGCAAUGUAAACUUCACGGUGAUCAUCAAUCCGGAGAACGGGCCUGGAUCGAUUCCUCCUAGCGAGGGUUGGCUUGCUGCAGUUCCGCGACUGAACGCGUUCAGCAAUAUCCUGGUCAUCGGCUACGUGCGGACACAGGAGGGCCAGAGGAACAUCUUGGAGGUAAAGGCGGAUAUUACAACAUACGCUGGAUGGCCUACAAUUGGAAACCCGUCAUUCGCUGUGCAUGGCAUCUUUCUUGACGAGACUCCAUCAGAGUUCGACGCGAACAAGGUGGCGUACUACAAGGAUCUGGUGUCGACAAUCCGGAACAGCACCGGUUUGGGUCCCAAUCACUAUUCGGUGAUGAACCCAGGAACAAUGGCGGACGUUGCCUACAUCGAUAUCUCAGAUGUCACGGUUAUUUUCGAGUCCCCGUACUCGGAAUUCCAAACCACCUGGUCGUCGAACUUGUUCGACAAGGUUAAGGAGCUGGAUCUGGCUCAUCUGUCGACCAUGGUAUACGACAUUCCUUCGAACGUGGAGAUAUCGACACUCGUGAGACAGCUGAAGAGCAUCUCGUGCCAUAUAUAUUUGAGUAAUUUGAAUACAUAUGAAGCAUAUGAUGGGCUGUGGGAUAAGGCUGUUGAGUUGAUUGGAUAG